GCCACCGCCGGGCUGGGAUCUCGGAGCUCGCAUCCCUGCUUCGCUGCAGCCUUCUUGCCCUCGGCGCGUCCUCGCCGCGUUCCAGUCCUCGCGGCCGGCCCGGGGUGUGCACGGUCGCUGCGGGCAGAGUGUCCUCGCCGGAGCCCUUGAAGCGAUGGCCACCAAAAUCGACAAAGAGGCUUGCAGGACGGCGUACAACCUGGUGCGCGACGACGGCUCGACCGUCAUCUGGGUGACUUUUAAAUAUGAUGGCUCCACUAUCGUCCCCGGCGAACAAGGAGCGGAUUAUCAGGAAUUCAUCCAGCAGUGCACAGAUGAUGUGCGGUUGUUUGCCUUCGUGCGCUUCACCACCGGGGACGCCAUGAGCAAGAGGUCCAAGUUUGCCCUCAUUACCUGGAUCGGCGAGAAUGUCAGCGGGCUGCAGCGGGCCAAAACGGGCACGGACAAGACCCUGGUGAAGGAGGUUGUGCAGAAUUUCGCUAAAGAGUUUGUGAUCAGUGAUCGGAAGGAGCUGGAGGAAGAUUUCAUCAAGAACGAGCUCAAGAAGGCGGGGGGAGCCAAUUACGAUGCACAGGCCGAGUAACCCCACCCCCCGCCCCUUGCCAAAGUCAUCUGCCUGCUCCCCGGGGGAGGGGACCCCGGCCUGGCUACCAGCCCACCAGCCCACCAGGGAGAGGAGACCCAGCGAGAGGCAACGCCCACCGCCUGCCUGCCACCCAACUCCCUUCCCCGCUUCCCUCUUGGGCCCUGUUGCGUCCUAUCUCAUGAAGCUCAUGGAACAUCUUUCUUUUAUCUUCUUGUUUUUUCAUCCCCUCUCUUUUUUGUUCUAAAGAAAGAUCAUUUUGAUGCCAAGGUCAUGCACAUCAUUAGAUCUAAGGUGCCUCCUGCAGUCACCCCUUUCCUGGCAUGUCGCUCACGCGCCUGUCCGGCCUCCACCGUGGCCUCGUGCUGCUGCUUUCUUGGUCUCUUUGGCCUGCUGGCCACUGAGGUGCCAGGAUAGUGCCAGAUGGCUGCCUUCAGGGCCCACACAUCCAUCCCUGCCUCAGGCUCAGAGCCAUUAGAGCACGCCCCAAGGUCCCUCCCCGCAUCCCACUCAAAGUUGCCUAAGCUCCAUGUCUGACAGAGAUGGUGCUCGGUGGUGAGAAGUUUAGGCCUGACUCAGAAGAGAGAGGACAUUUGCCUUAAAACUUUGCCUGGCAAAGCCAUGUGAUCUGAAAUAGCCCAUUCUGGCCUUUUGAUGGACAUCGCUUGAAGGCCGGGAGAGGGGGCAAAGGUCUGAGUCUAGACUGGAUGGGAGGUUCAUUCAGGGGCUCCCAGAGUGAUGUUGGGAGCACGACCUGGUGGGCAGAUGGGACUUUAGAACUGGAACUCGCCCUGGACGGUCAGGAAGGGCCGCUGCCAACAGCCGUGCCAGCUGGACCUUGGGCCUGCUCGGUCGCAUCCCUGUGUGUGGUAGGCAGUAGCCCUGCCUUGGGGGGCCGGAAGCUCUGUGGUAUUAAUCCUUGGUCUGCACCACACAUGCAAAAGGAUUUUCUUGUUCUUUUUUCAAAGAAAGAUGGGAUUGGCUUGGUUCUUCAUGGGCACAUUUUAUAGCGUUCUUUUUCUUUGUUUCCUUGCUCAUUACACUCUGGAGAAAACUGUGCUGUGCUGGGGUGUGACCAUCUGCCCCUCCAACAGAUACAGGAAUAAAUGUUGAUUUUGUUUUUC